AAAGUCUGUCUGGACUCCAUUUUAAACUUGACAACAGAAGGAAAACAGGACGUCUGAGAUAUGGGAUGGUGGCCCUUUUCCCGGAGCUCUCCUCCACCCCGUCCACUUUUAAGUGAACCAUGGAGGAAAAUCAACUCGGGAGGCAAAGAGUGGGUGAAGGACUACAAUCCUCAGACUGAAGGCCAGCAGCUCAGGAUUCUUCUUCAUGGACUAGUUGGAGCUGGAAAGUCCAGUUUCAUCAACUCCGUCCGAAGUGUCUUAAAGGGCAGAAUGUGCAUCAAUGCUGUGGUGGCUAACGUCUCUGAUUGCUGUGCCACCAAGAAGUACACAACCUACAAGUUUGAAAAGGAAAGCCAGGACACCUUUUACCCUUUUGUCCUCAAUGACAUGAUGGGCCUGAGUGACACCACCUACAGGAAAAAAAGAGUCCAUGUGAAAGAUAUCAAGCGGGCGUUGAAGGGACAUGUGCAAAACGGUUACACGUUCAAUGCUGACUCUAAGUUAUCGAAAGACGAUUCAUACUACAACCCUUCCCCAUCUGCCAACGACAAAGUGCAUAUUCUGGUUUCUGUCAUCGAUGCGAACACAGCAUCUCAGAUGGAUGAUAAAGUUCUGACCACAAUAAAGGAAAUCAGAGAUGAGGCCACUGAACUGGGGGUUCCGCAAGUGGCCAUUCUCACCAAAAUUGAUGAGUUGUGUCCUGAAAUCAAAAAAGAUCUCAGGAAUGUCUACAAGAGCAAGAAACUGAAGGAAACGAUGGAGAAGUUCAGUAAAGAUUCGGGAAUCCCCAUGAACUGUAUCUUCGCCGUAAAGAACUACCAUGAUGAGACCGAAGUAAACAGUGACACUGACGACCUGAUCAUGAGCUCACUGAUGUCCAUCAUCAACUUUGGAAAUGACUUCCUCAAUAACAAAAAUGAGUAAUGUUUAUUAAAUGCAAAACAUUUACACAUGCAUUUACGUGAAUGUGUAAAUAUGCAUCUAAAACAUUGAUUUUGACUCUUAAAUUCUGUCACCUGCCUUGGCGCUUUGCUGCUGAAUAACUGGUAUAAACACGAAGCUAAUGCUUGCAUUGUGGAAGUAUAUCGACCAAAUCAAGGAGUAAUGUACACACUGCUAUUUACUUACUCUGUACAAAAAAAAAUCGUCCUUUUCACAAUAUCAUGCAUCAUUUACGCUUCUAAAAAAUCAAUCAUGUUGAACAGGCUUUUAGUUACAGCCCUGUAGUUACGUAACAUCACUUUCCUUGCUAAAGUUAGCCAGGCUAACACUUACAGUACAACAUGCAGUCGCUACUUAGCAUUUGCUUUUUAGCUUGCAACAUUAGCUGUGAAGAUAUGUAAUAUGACUUAUACUUGAUUGAUCUAGUAAUAUGUAUUGCUAAUUAUAUAUCUCACGCUCCUUUUCGAUCAACUGGUGUCCCACAGGGCUCUAUACUGGGCCCAAUCGUCUUCAGCAUGUACAUUAAUGAUCCAACUUCUGUGUGUGGAAAAAGCAACAUCUUCAUUUUUACAAACAGUAAAACUACAGAAGAGGUGACAGAUGUUAUGCGGAAGGUCACAUCCUGGCUUAACUAAUGUUGUUAGCAACUGAAUGUGUUGAGAACAGUUUGUAUGUUUUUCUCCGAAGGCCACAGCAGAGAUGUAGAGCAAGACAUUCUCAUCUCAGGAGAGAAACUACAAAUUGUCCCAGAAUACAAAUAUUUAGGAGUACACAUAGAUGGAAACAUGAGCUUCAGAACUAACAUAAAAAGGGUCAUAAUAAGUUAUGUUUGGCAAAUUUCAUGUUCAUCAGAAUAUGAAAUAUACUUCCACUCAAUGGUUCUCUCUCAGAUCACUCGUUAGAGAAGCAGUUUUAACACAACCCUGAAACCAAUGGAAUCCUUUUACAAACAAGCUCUGAAGACGUUAGACAAGAAGCCAUUCAGUUUCCAUCAUUGCCAUAUUCUAAAGAAAUAUGAUCUGCUCAGCUGGGACAACUUCAUCAAACACAAAGAGGUCUGCCUAGUAUAUAAAGAUAUAAAGGGUAAAGCUGUACUAGUUAUUGGAUCAUAUCAGCUCAUGUUGUUUAGCGUCAUUGUUUAUGUUUUUAUUACAAUGUAGUAUAUUCUUUACUAUUGCAUGCUGUGUUAUCAUUUGUAUUAUUCUAGGAUGCCAACAUCAGGCAAAGGGAUCGGAUACGCAUGAAAACUUAUAGCCUUCAGCUAACUCGGCUAUUUACAAUUGUCUGAAUGUUUCAAAAUAAAUACAUUGAAUUAACAGCCACAUAAUCAAUGUCAAUCAUCAUUAUUGUAUUGUAUUGUAUAAUGCAUUUAUACUUAAUAUUUUUACUCUGUUACUUCGUUUGCUGAAGUAUAUUUUUGCUGCUGUUACAAACAAAUUUCCCCCUGGGGGUGAAUAAAGUAUAUAUCCAUCUAUCUAAUGUUAUAUGCUCAUAAAUGUUAUCUGUUUCAACGUCAACAUGAUUGUUACAAGUUAAAAACUGGAACACCAGUUGAGUCCAGAUGAACCAUCUCAGCGAGCAUUUUACCGUUGAAGUAUUUUCAAUGACUAUUUGAAGACGUUGAUUGAACGUUCACGUUUCGACUAUAUUUCAA